UCAAUACAUUUUGUGUAAGUUUUCUGCAUGGAUGAAUGAAACAAGUUUACCGAACAGGGUUCAUCUUUAGUUGCAAGUAAACUCUAUCAUAUGAUGGCAUCUGGUGAAUCAUCAGAGAAAGGAACAAAACGUGUAAUUGAAGAGGAAGAAGAAGAUGAGGAGUGGAUUGGUCCAAUGCCUGCAGAGGCCAUCAAACCUAAAAAGAAAAAGGUGCUAGAUUUUGAGAAUGUUUACCUGGAUAACAUGCCUUCAGCUGAGCUGUAUGAAAAGAGUUUGAUGCACAGGGACGUUAUCACUCAUGUUGCUGCAACAAAGACAGAGUUUAUCAUCACUGCAAGCUGUGAUGGCCAUGUCAAGUUCUGGAAGAAGCAAGAGGGCGACAUUGAAUUUGUGAAACAUUUCAGAGCACAUUUAGGUAAGAUACAAGACAUAUGUGUGAGCAGUGAUGGAGCAUAUCUGUGUACAAUAGCAGAUGACAAAUCUUCCAAGAUCUUUGAUGUUACAAACUUUGAUAUGAUCAACAUGAUGAAGCUAUCCUUCAUACCCGGUCGAUGUCAAUGGAUCUACAGGGCAGGGGAUGCCAUACCUUCACUCGCUAUAUCUGACAGUGAGAGUGGUAAAAUUCAUGUCUUUGAUGGAAAGGGUACUAAUGAACCCAUGCACACAUUAGACAAAAAGCAUUCUGCACCAGUCAUACUUAUCAAGUACAAUCCAGUGUUUGAGGUGGCUCUGUCCGUGGAUAAACAAGGCAUCUUAGAGUACUGGAUGGGACCCAAGAAAGACUAUCGCUACCCAUCAUGUGUUAGCUUUGAGUUCAAGACAGAUACAGACCUUUAUGAGUUUGUCAAGUGCAAAACAGUGCCGACUAGCCUUAGCUUCUCUCCUGAUGGGCAACUCAUAGCAACAAUAGCCAAAGAUAGGAAGAUUCGCAUAUUUCGCUUCCUGACGGGCAAGCUCACCAAGGUGAUUGAUGAGUCUCUGAAGACAUUCACUGAGCUUCAACAGAUGAAGCAACAGCUGCCUGACAUGGAGUUUGGUAGACGUAUGGCAGUAGAGAGAGAUCUACAGAAGUCUGAUGCCUUCUCUCUUGCAAACAUCAUCUUUGAUGAGAGUGGUUACUUUGUUUCAUAUGCCACCAUGCUGGGUAUCAAGAUUCUCAACUUACAUACCAACAGAAUAUCACGCAUCAUUGGAAAGCAAGAGAAUGUGAGGUUCCUGCACCUCAGCAUGUACCAAGGCAAACCCAAGAAAUCCAAGGGAGCUCUGACCAUGGAGAUGACCGCCUCUGAUAACCCCGGCCUGCAGGGGAGCGAAGCUGACCCCACCCUAGUGUGCAGUGCCUUCAAGAAGAACCGCUUCUACCUCUUCACAAGAAGGGAACCAGAUGAUGCAAAGAGUAACGAAGCUGAAAGAGAUGUCUUUAACGAGAAACCGAGCAAAGAAGAGCAGAUGUCUUUCACACAGGGAGGAGCUGCACCUAGGUUAUCCAGUACAGCUAUCCUUCAUACUACUAUGGGGGAUGUCCAUGUGAAACUCUUCACAGAAGAAUGUCCAAAGACGAUAGAGAACUUCUGCGUGCACAGUCGGAACGGCUACUACAACGGUCACAUCUUCCACAGAGUCAUUAAGCAGUUCAUGAUCCAGACCGGAGAUCCUCAAGGUGAUGGAACUGGAGGAGAAUCCAUUUGGGGAGGGGAAUUCGAAGAUGAGUUUCAUCCCAAAUUGAGACACGAUCGUCCCUACACGCUCAGCAUGGCAAAUGCAGGACCCAACACCAACGGUUCUCAGUUUUUCAUCACUGUAGUCCCAUGUCCCUGGUUGGACCAGAAGCACACCGUGUUUGGGCGUGUCAUCAAGGGCAUGGAGUGCAUCCAGAAGAUCAGUGAGGCCAAGGUUCACAAGACGGACAAGCCGCUGGAUGACAUACGCAUCGUCAGCGUGUCUGUCAAGUGAUACCGUCAUGUUCGGACAAGCCCCUGGAUGACAUACGCAUCGUCAGUGUAUCUGUCAAGUGACACCGUCAUGUUCGGAUAAUUCUCAUAUUGAGUGAUUGAGCAAAGUUCAUCCUAAUAUCAACAAGCCGCUGGAUGACAUAUCAUGAUAUGCAUCUGUCAGAUGAUGCAACAACAUUUGGAUAAUUAUCGUAUUGUGUGAUUAAGCAAAAAGAAAUGUGUAUUGCCAUUUGGUAUCAAAACUUGGUUCAGACAAGUUGCUGUUAGACGGUGUUUGGGUCACAUGGAAUUGGACCAAACGGCAAUUUAUAAACAGGACAUAACAAACGGGAAUCCGGAACGUGUAGGAAAGGACAACUGGCACCGAAGGAAUUUUUGGGUCAUUAUCUAGAUGAUAAAGAUCAGGGGCAUAUCCUAUGGAGUUGCCAUUGAUCCAAAUUAUUACCUCUUUUCUAAAUAAAAAAGGGAGUUUUAUCAUGACAGCAGCAUGA